AUGGCAUCUCAGCUUCACAAAACUUUGCUUUGUGCCACUUUGCUGCUGCUGCCGCUAUUGCUUCCCCGUGUUCCUCUUGUCAAAGCUUCACUCGGAUCCCAAGGGAGGGCGUUGCUCCACUGGAAAGCCACUCUUAAGAGUCCUCACUCCCUGAGAUCUUGGAACCUCAAUUCUAGUCCAUGCAAUUGGACCGGAAUUGCAUGCAAUUACUCCGUCACAGGUAGAGGGCGUUCGGCGAUCACCGAGAUACACCUGCCGAAGAUGGGCUUGGCAGGGUCACUUGAUGCUCUUGACUUCUUGACAUUGAGAUCGCUCCUUCGUCUCAAUCUCUCCUAUAAUCAGCUCGGUGGGGCAAUUCCUUCAGCUAUCUCGGCUCUCUCCAGGCUUGUAUUUCUUGAUCUCACUAGUAAUCAGUUCACAAGCAAAAUCCCAGUUGGGAUGGGCUCCAUGAAAGAGCUUCGAUUCUUGAGUCUUAGCCAAAAUCAAAUGGUCGGUGCUAUACCGCCAUCUCUGAGCAACUUCACCAACCUUGUAUCCUUGCACCUGGAAGAUAAUAAGCUUGUGGGUGUCAUUCCUAAGGAGUUGGGGAGGCUCCAAGAGUUGAGAUAUCUGGAUAUUGGGGUCAAUAGGCUAUCUGGUUCAAUCCCUUCUAGUUUAGGAAAUUUGACAAGGCUCUACCACUUGGAUCUCUACCAAAAUCAAUUGACUGGAGUCAUCCCUGGAGAAUUGAAAAAUCUAAUUAAUCUCGUUUACCUAUCAAUUGCAGAUAAUUAUCUAACAGGUGGGGUUAUCUCUUCUUUUGGAAACCUAACCAAGUUGCAAUUAUUUUGGCUACGGAAAAAUAAGCUCUCGGGUUCUAUCCCUUUUGAGAUUGGAAAUCUCAUUGAAGUUACCGAUCUCGACUUUUCGAAAAACCUAUUAACCAGUUCAAUUCCUUUUUCUAUAGGAAACAUGACUAGAAUAGAGAGACUUGACCUUUCCGAUAAUCAAUUGUCUGGUUUUAUUCCUCUUGAGAUUGGAAAUCUAAUUGAAGUUACUAAUCUCUCACUCUUAAAAAACCUUUUAACUGGUCCCAUCCCUUCCUCUAUAGGAAACAUGACCAAACUAAAUAUUCUUUACCUUCUGGAUAAUCAAUUGUCUGGUUUUAUUCCUUUUGAAAUUGGAAAUCUAAUUGAAGUUAUUGAUCUGGCACUAUUAGAAAACCUAUUAUCAGGUCCCAUCCCUUCCUCUAUAGGAAACAUGACCGAUCUUAGAAAACUAGGUCUAUUCGACAAUCAGUUGUCUGGACAUUUGCCUAUGGAGAUCAACAACAUUACUGGACUGACAUACCUAGUGCUGUCAAAUAAUAACUUCGUCGGUUAUUUACCCCCGGACAUAUGCAAUGGUGGAGCCCUACAAUACCUUAUUCUUAGCAUGAACAACUUUCAAGGUCCCAUUCCCACGACCUUAAAAAAUUGUACGUCACUAGAAAGGGUCCGUCUUGAACACAACCAACUCACUGGAGAUGUAUCUCAAUGUCUUGGAGUGUAUCCCCAUCUUUAUUAUAUGGAUUUGAGCUUCAAUCAACUCUCCGGUAACCUCUCACCAGACUGGGCAAGAUGGCACAAUCUGACGUUCUUCAGAAUCUCAAAUAACAACAUCACCGGAGUCAUACCCACCGAGUUUGGGCAGUUGACGAAACUGCGAGAGCUGGACCUCUCUUCCAACUACCUACAAGGAGAGAUCCCAAAGAGCUUCGGCAGCUUAACCCUUCUCUACAAUCUGAGUUUGGGCGACAAUCAACUCGUCGGCCGUGUGCCUCUGGAGAUUGGAAUGCUGUCCAAUCUUGAACUGCUUGAUCUCUCAUCCAACAACUUGGCAGGAAGAAUCCCAGAUCAAUUAGGCAACUGCAUGAAACUCCGAUCGUUGAAACUUAACAACAACAACUUUAGUGGAACCAUUCCUUUGGCCAUUGAACUCACUAACAGGGGAGAUUUCAUCCCAACUCGGCAAGUUGGUGAUGCUGCAAAGCCUGAAUCUAUCGCAUAA